UCCGGUCAUCGGGUCGCUCUUGUGCGGUCCAGCACUGUGUCACACGUCACAAUGGGGUGCAACAUGUGUGUGGUCCAAAAGCCUGAAGAACAAUACAGGGUCAUGUUCCAGUUGAACAGAAAGGAGUUGUCCCGACUAUCUGGUGAUCCCACACUGGACAUGAGGGACCCCGUACUGUCCAACAUACUACGGGGUCGCAGGGCCCGCAGACGCGCAGGCUCCACGGGGCCUCCCGCUAGCGUGGCACCUCUGACCAUGGGGAUGGCCGACUGCGUGGACAGCUGCACCCAAACGGACAUCAGCUUCCAACAUAUGUUGACCACGGGCAAGAGCAAGCAGUCACCGCCCAAGCCUCCGCCUUCGCCGCCUCUGCCGGCGCUCCUGGAGCCUUAUCUGCUCAAUGAGCUUUUCCUAGAGCCCGUGUACUACGACCCCUCCGACUACUUUGACGUCUCUCAGCAUGACGUCGACAGGCAGGAUGAGCUGGAAUAUGAGGAGGUGGAGCUCUACAAAUCCCGUCACCAGGAUAAACUUGGGCUAACCGUGUGUUACAGAACCGACGAUGAGGAGGAUCUCGGGAUAUACGUUGGCGAGGUGAACCCAAACAGUAUUGCUGCAAUGGACGGCCGUAUCCGCAAGGGGGACAGAAUAUUGCAGAUCAACGGAGUGGACAUCCGAGACAGAGAGGAGGCGGUUGCUAUUCUGACCAGAGAAGACAGCACGAAUGUCUCCUUGCUCCUCGCACGACCUGAGAUAGAGAAUGACAACCAGGUGGUUCCAGACACAGGGCAGUUGGAGCCACUGGACAACGCCGUCCACCUGUUGGCCAGUCACAGAAGCAACACCGGAAACUGCGUAGAUACCUCCGCCCCAGCUUCUGGGUGCCAGGAUGGCUUCCCGAACCGGGAUUCGCCCGAUUUGCUGCAGACCGUGCUGAGCAACAGUCAGGAGCUGGACAGCGGAGUGGGCCGCACGGACGAAAGCACGCGCUACGAGGAGUCCUCGGAGCACGACCUCCUGGGAGACGACCACACCAGCGCCUCCAAUACCAACACCACCAACACGCCCGGAAGCUUGCGCAAGUUUUCCUCCACCCGAAGCGACACGUCGCCACUACUGCACUCCCACGACCUCCAGUAUAGCGCCGACUCCCUUUUGGGCCUGGACUGCAUCGGCGGUGCACCGCCGGAGUCGCUGGAGGCUAGCGACAGGGCCUACACAUGUGACCCGGUGAGAACGAUGAUGCCGGGGCUGACGGAGGAAGAGUGCGAGCGAUACAAGGAGCUGCUGGAGAUCAAGUGUUACUUCGAGAGGAGCGCAUGCGGUGAGGAAGAAGGCGUCUCGCUGGACGAGAACAAGAACGAGAGCUUAACUCGGCACGAGAUGGCGCUAUUAGAGGAGGAGUUGCGGCACCUGGAGUUCAAGUGUCGCAACAUCCUGCGGGCGCAGAAGAUGCAACAGCUGAGGGAGCGCUGCCUCAAAGCUUGGCCUCUGGAGGAGAAAGCGGCCAGCCGUUGCUCGCUUGGCGACGAGUCCCGGCACCAGGCCCUGUCUGACAUCAACGAGCUUCCCGAGAGGGAGCGCUCCGAUAAGGACAGCACCAGCGCCUACAACACCGGAGGGGAAAGCUGCAUGAGUACCCCGCUAGUCAAUGAGAAGCACCCUUACGCUGACAGCCCAGAAGGUGGAGAAGCUCAACAGGAGAAGAGCUUCCCCUCAAGGCAGAGGGAGAGGGCAACCCGAAAUGGAGGGGCCGGGGUCCAAGUGAACCUCAACCAAGCCGGGAGAGGAUCCAACCCGGGAGCCCGGAGAGGUUCCGACGGAGGGCUGAGACGCAACUGCAAAACCAAUCCUGCCAGCGGGAGGCCCGGCGGCCGCAGUGCCGAGAACAGUCCUUACAUGUCUCGCCGUCACGCCCAAACCAAGUUGGCCGCGCACUACCUGAGCUGCAUGGCAGCUGGGCUCUCCAUCAACCUCCGAAGUCCCCGAGAGGCCGGCGCCGACCCUAGAGGUGGAGACGUCAGCCCCAUGAGUCUGGGGAGCACUUGUAAAGACGUGGGCCAAAGUGAAGCCGCCGGGCUCUUGUCCCCGCGGAUGGAAUGGAAAGUGAAGAUUCGAAGCGACGUGGUCACGCUACGUGGCCAAAGGCCCGUGAGAGACCGCCUCCUGAAGGCGCUGGGCCAUAAGAUCCGAGAAGAACGCAGCGGUAUGACCACAGAUGACGACGCGGUGAGCGAGAUGAAGAUGGGCCGCUAUUGGAGCAAAGAGGAGCGCAAGCAGCAGCUGCAAAAGGCCCGAGAGCAGCGGCGGCGCCGGGAGAUGAUGAUGCAAAGCCGCCACGACUUCCUGAGGGAGCGGGAGCAGGGCUGCGGGUCUCCCGGGGACGGGGGACGCCGUGCGCCCAGCAGAACCCACUUCCAUCCUGGAAGCUGUUGCCACCGCAAGAGCAUGAAGAAGCGGUCGCAGAUUCUGGACAACUGGAUCACCAUCCAGGAACUGCUGACCCAUGGGAGCCGCUCUGCGGAUGGAUCCAAAGUUUACAACCCGCUGCUGUCCGUCACCACGGUCUGAGCGGGACAAUGUGUUGGAUGAGGACAUGCCCCCUUUUACACUGCCCUGUUGCCAGCCAGAGGGAGCAGUGCACACACCUCUGACUUACACGGACUCACAGAAUAGUAAGGUCUACCCGUAAAGGCUAGCGUGAAUUUUAUUUCCGCUUUUAGAUUUAACUUUCACCACGAAAGCCAAAUACCUGUAGGUUUUUCAUAGUAGCAGCAUUAAUAGAAAAGAUAGGCAUGUAAAAAAAAAAAAAAAAAAGGAUUGGAUAAGGACCUGUCCAGCUGGAAUAAUAAUUCAUAAAUAAUUGAUCAUAGCAAUGAGUUUUUUUAAGUGAUAGUGUGUAGAAUGUUUUAUUUUUUAGUGUUCAUUGAUUGUAAAAUAAAUGGUGCAACAGUUUUUGGACAUCAACAUAAAGUACCUUUUGAAAAAAAAAAUCUAGAAUUGUAGGUCCGCUAACCUCUGAUUAAUUCCAUGGAUGUGCGUCGCCAUAGAGUAGCUGACACGUUCUCUCCGCCAUCUUACUGCUAUGGAGAACCAAAGGGGACAAUCAUGUGAUCACAGAUCAAUGAGUACAACAUGUGUAAAAACAGCAAUGCACUCACCUUGUCACGUGAGGGAACACUAGAAGUCGUUUGACGACAUUUCGCUGACACCUCUGCUGAGGAAAUUGGCGGUAGGUUGCGACGUGGGGUCUCUGAGGCACCGCUUCAUCGUGCACAUGCUUCAAAUUAAGAUCCUUGCAUUCUAUUAGUUCACCACUAGAUGGCAGUAAAUUCUGCACACUGUCCCUUUAAUGCUAAAAUGUUUUACAAUGA